GUUGGAUAAUCGGUGCCCAUGUCCACAACUGCGCCUCACGGUCCGCCGCCAACUCUCAAGGUCUACUUCAACCUCUCCUGUGCUCUAUGGACGCGACACAGCACACGCACAACGAUACAGACUCUGCCCCCGACAAUGCUGGUCAAGCCACUGAGUCUGCUGCGCCUCUCACAGAUCAAAGGCGGUUCCGGGUCGACUUCGACUUUGUCAACGCACUCACGGGCACGCUCAUGGGCAGGAGGCCCUUUCUCGGGCGUGUAGCGCCUGCUCCCGCUCCCGAUCCUGAGCUACCAGCAGAAGCUCCUGGCUCCGGCACUGACUCCAGGGAGGCCGACGAUGGGCCGCCGGCCCUGGCCUCGGACUCGGACUCUGGCGACUCGGGUUCGGAUUCAGACGCGAGCGAGGACGGCGACAGCGAGGCGGGGAGCCUUCCUUCGCUCCAGACGGUCUCUGAUAGCUCGGACGAGGAGGCAGACGUGUAUGAUUCCGAGUCGGACGGCUCGGGCUGGGACGAGCAGGACGCGCGCGACGAGCUCCGCCGCGGGAUGGAGUCGCUCGGCGAUUCGGCGGAGAGCACGGCGCCGUAUGGGCCGUACACUGACGAAGAGGAUCCGGAGGAUUGGGAGGAUGAAGAUGAAGAUGACUUCUUGGUCGAGGCUGAUCGAAUACUAGGUGCUGACAUCGCGGCACAGGGGACUGAGAUGCCGCUGAGGUCCAUUGACCUCCUGGAAUGGCUCAUGUCGCCGCGGAGGCUCGCCGUGGACAACGACCCACAGCGCGCAGAGACCCUCCUCGCCGGCCUCGAAGCCGUCUCCGACGAACUUGUCCGUCGGUACGAGAAGCUGCGCGGAGGCGACGGCGAGGCCGCGGAGGGAUGUGCGAUCUGUCGAGAUGACUACCUCAUUGACAAUGUACACGACCCGUCCGAGCUCGGCAAGCUCAACGGGGCGGACCUGACCAACGCGCUCUUCGAGCUGCUCCCGUUCCACACGUCGCCCCCGUCGCAGCACUAUAUCUUGGUGUUCCCGUGCCCUGGGAGGCACCUAUUCCACCGCAGCUGCCUCGCACCGUGGCUCGCACGCAAGACGACGUGCCCGUCGUGCAGAUUCGACAUCGACCCCGACUCGCUCACGCUGCGGCUGACGGCGACGAUGCCGCCGCAUCUUGCACCGGGCGUGCGGAAGUGGGAGCCGCCGACUGUGUUGGGGUUGGAACAAUGGCUGGCAGAGGAGGAGAAGUUCCGAGCGGAUGGGCACCGCUCGGAGUGCGCGCAUGGGGCGAAGCCUGCUGCAGCCGGACAGCGUGCCGGAUCGAGGGUAACGUUUGCUCCUAGGCCACGCGAGCUCGACCCAUGGGGCAUCGACUCGGAUGGGGAAUCGAUACCCGAGCUUGACCUCAACGCGCUGCGAGCAGCAGCAAGGCCAGCCAACUCCCGCGCCCGACCCGCCGCCACGGCAAGUCGGGGACGGUCGCCUUCCUCAUCCCGCCGGCCGCAUGCGUCGUUCCGUGCGCCCGGCGGCCCUCCACAUGUUCCCUCGAGGAACUCGCACGACGCAGUUGUGGAGGACGUGUUUGCGCGCAUCCUCAUGCUCGAGCAGACGCUCCGCAGAGGGGCGAGCCCGAUCGGCCGCUCGCCGCCGAUCUUCCCGGAGCUGUUGCCGGACACUGGGAACGUGAGCGACGACGAGCUGCCUCCGCUCGUCGAAUGAUUCGGGGGACUGUCGCAUCUCUUGCUGCUUGGUCGUGGCCUCUGGGCGUGCUGCUGACGGACGCUUAUGCUUCUUUUUGUUGAUGUCACUGUGGUUCGGUCGCAUAUUACUAUCAUGAAACGCAUAUUGUACAGUACGCAAUGGCAGAUUGGUGAUGAAUAUAGGUUACUGUAUCUGUUGAGCUUUC